ACAAGCAUAAGCUAGAAUUAGCUGCCCCAAAAAUGCUUAUAUUCACAUGCAUGGCAAGACAUACUAAUAAACAUGGCCAUGUGCCAAAUUAAACAAGAACUCAAUUGCACACGAAAAAAAAUGGGCCGAGACUUAUCCGAAAGGUAAGAGAACUCAAUUCGAAGAGAAGUUGGCACCAAGCAUUCGUAUGGCAGCCGGUCGACGGACGCAUGCGGCCGGCCGCACGCACGCGUCACGCGUGUACGCUGCUCCAGCCUUAUCACCUAUCAGUUCCCCAUGGCAAACGAUGCCGAUUAGCGACCCCGUGCCGUCGUGAUCCAUCCAGCGGAGAAGAAGAACAAGCCACUUGCGGCGGACCUGCCUGCAUUCUCCCCUUCCAGAGCGCCACCUGCCCGGCCCUUGCUGGCCACCCUGAACGAGCACAAGCGUCUCGCUGUCCGGAACCGAUCGUUCCAGGCCUCGGCGCUAGCUAGCUGGUGGCGUUGGCAUCAGAACCCCUGGCGGGCCUCGUCGCUAGUCUGCAGCCCUGCAGAUGAUUGAUGCGAAACGCGCGCGACAUCUCCUCUCUGUGUGUCGACAACGACGCGGCCAGUGAAGUUUUAGAAUCUACCCCGUGCAAUCAGAGGCGUCUCGCUUUCGUGCUAGCUCUUCUUUUCCGUGACGAGAUCUUGAUUGGUUUGGUUUGGGCCCUUCUGGUUGCAAAAGGGCAGCUAGAUUUGCUGUGGAAGGAAAGUGCAGCCGAUGAGUUGUUGAUCCUGGCAGACAUGCCGACCGGCGUGGACACCUGCUUCUGAUACGCUGUUGCUUUCGGUCUGGCCCUGCCUGCCAGGAAUUUUCACUGCUAUCGAAUCGAAUUACAGUGUUGUGGCAUGCCCAUCUGUGGUUGUAAGGAUUAUCCAUGAUAUUUUUAAGGAUUAUCCAUGGUACUUGGCUACUUGCCACCGCACUACGGGCACUACUGUACAUACGAAGCACUUCAUGUAGCCGAGAUACAGAUACCAGAGCCACAAUGACAGCAAAUCCAGGCGACGCCGAACUGAUUGUCCCCCAACUCCCUCCAUCGCCACGCACCUCGCUGCUACUGAUGAUCUUUAGCCAAAACAGCGGACGACAUGGCCAUGAUCUCCCACAGCGACAAUAUCCACUUGAGCCAGUUUCCUUGUCCAGAGAGGCAGAACCCAUCUGAUCUACCUAAAAAGCGCGCUAUUUUUAUACGGCCACCACCAGGUCAGAGUCAGCAAGGCAUCCGGCGCAUACAGCAUACUUCUCUCCUCCGUCGCAACUCGCAACUCCCGUCCCACAAAGACCCUUUUUUUCCAAGUCUCACCUCCACACCUCCGCCUCUCUUUCUCUUGAGUCGCCUUCCUCUUGUUCUCCACCCACACGCGUGGCAACGGGAGAGCAGCCCAUGCAUGGUCUUGGUCUCUUGCGCUUGCCCCUUGCUCCUUGGGGAGCAAGUAGGUUGAAUUGAAGAAGAAGCGGCCGACCGACGGUUAUCAAACUGUCGCUAACCGCAUAGAGAAGAAAGGCAUCCAUCCUACACAGCUCCUCUCGCAUUGCGCGCGUCGAAAUCUUGCAGUUCCGAUGGGGGUGGGCGCGUCGAGCGUGGGGGCGGCGGAGGGGUGCGGCCGGGGGUGGGGGCCGCGGCACACGUCGCUGGGCGACAUGCCGGAGAGCUGCGUCGCGGCGGUGCUGCUCUACCUCGACCCGGCCGAGAUCUGCCAGGUGGCCUGCCUCAACCGGGCGUUCCGGGGCGCGGCCUCCGCCGACUGCAUUUGGGCCGCCAAGCUGCCCGCCAACCACAGGUACCUCGCCGCGCUCGCGGCCGCGGCAGACGACGACGACUGCAGCUGCGGCUGCGACGGCGUGGCGGCCGAAGGCAGCUGUUCCACUGUGGCGAUCAAGAAGGAGCUAUACGCGCGCCUCUGCCGGCCCACCCCGUUCGACGGCGGUACCAAAGAGUUCUGGAUCGAGAAGAAGGGAGGUUUCUGCAUGUCCAUCUCCUCAAAGGCUAUGUCGAUCACAGGAAGAAAUGAUCGGAGGUAUUGGAGCGACCUGUCCACAGAGGAAUCAAGAUUUCACAGCGUUGCCUAUCUUCGGCAGAUCUGGUGGCUAGAGGUGGAUGGUGAGAUCGACUUCUGCUUCCCCGCCGGAUCAUACAGCCUAUUCUUCCGGCUCCACCUGGGCCGGCCGCGCACGCGCCGAGCUCGCCGCCGCGGUGGCUCCGACAACGACAUCCACGGCUGGGACAUCAGGCCGGCGCGGUUCCGGCUCUCGACCUCGGACCACCAGCAGCACACCACCGCGUCCGAGGCUCACGCUCGCCUAGCUAGCCCCGGAAGAUGGGUCCUUUACCACGUCGGCGACUUCGCCGUGUCGAGCCCAGACGAGGUGACGGAGCUCAGGUUCUCCAUGAUGCAGAUUGACUGCACGCACACGAAAGGCGGCCUGUGCGUUGAUUCGGUCUGUAUAUACCCCAAGCGUCACGGCGGGUACGAGGAGGACUGCGUGUUCUGCCAGAAGAUCUUGUAAGAGCGCUUGGAUCCCUUGGCCAGCCUGUUUCUUCUUCUUCUUCUUCCUUUCGGGAUGUUCUCUGUCCAAAAGGGUAGUGCGCAUAUUCUCUUUUAUUUUUCUUCUUCUUCUUUCUGAGAGAUUUUGCAUGAACAUUCACUUUUUUUUGGGGGGGGGGGGGGGGGGGGGCAAGGUCUUAUUCUGUAUUUAGUUUUGGUAGUGUCAGUAAGUAGGGAGGUCAGGAAGUAGAUAGUAGGUAAUAGGAUUAUAGCGAUUUAUGAUUGGGGCGAUUGAGACGUGUGUGUUGAAAUUGAAACAGGUGUUUCAUUACAUGUACAUAGAUCUUGUGUUUAUACAUUAUUGGAGACGUAUGCUUCCAGUCCGUUUCA